UCGAGGCCGAUUUGCGUUCUCUUAAUCACAAUCGGCUUUAUAAAGUUAAGGACUUGCGCUUUUUAAGCGAAGAGUCGUGGAGCAUUAUUGAAUUGCUGCCGCUCGUAAAAGACAUGCUGAAGUUCUCUAUUGGUGAGCGCCGCGUUCUCGCUCUACAACAUCUUGCUUAUGAAAAAGAGCUCGAAAAGUUUACUAAACUUUUGGUUUCUGGAAAUUUACAGAGCAAUGAAACAGAAACUGCAAGUAAAUUAGAAAAAAAGGAAAAAAAUUUAUUAUUAAGCAAAAUGAAUCAGAAAUGCCCGCCAGAAAGACUCGUGAUUCGCAGUGAUAACAAUAACUAUUAUGAAAUUGAUCGUUAUUGUCCUCAUAAACUUGUUGAUUUGGCGAUUUAUGGAAAAGAAAUUGUGAAUAACGUUUUGCGGUGUUCGAAACACGACUGGUAUUUUGACUUGAACGAAAACGGUUUGUGCCAUGAAAAAGGAAAAUCCCUCCACGCGGUUUGUUUAGGGGAAGACCCAAAGCUAGACUG